AACUGUUUCGCGUCUAUUUGGACAGUGUUAACCACCCGAAAAAUGUCCCCAGUCUGUCAUCCGCCUGGUCACUUACCAUGAUUAUGAUGAAACUGAAGAUAGUGGAUAACAUCGUAGCCUUCUACAAUGAAAAAAUGCAGACACUGUAUGAGGCGGCAAGCAAGAAGAAAGGGAAAGAAUCUCCCCUAGAAGAGUUCUCUGAUGAAGAUAAAAAACGGGACACUCUGAUGGAAUUGCACAGACAGGCCGUGGACAAGGCCUUGAAAGAAAUGUAUCGAAGAAUGGCAGGGUUUGGAUGCCUAGAGGAGAGAGACAGGACAGAAUACAUUGCGACAGUCCCAAAGAUGUUAGACAAGCUUGUCAAACUAGAGGAUGAAACACUCAUGUCAAAGGACCGCGACGGAAAGCCCGUAAGACACAGCGGUCCUCUCUUGGUUGGAGGGGAACUGCUCAAGUUCCGAAAACAAAAUCUCGAAUCAUCACAACGCUUCUGCGAGAAGAUCGCGGAAAAGCUCUUCAAAGAAGUUCGUGAUGACGCCAUGAAAUAUCUGUACGAUUAUUCCAUGGAGAAACUGUGUAAAAAGCUAGAUGGCGCCAGAAAGGACUACAUAUCCAAGGCCAGAGGACCAGCCAAGUACGAGGUGCUCAGAAAUAAGCUGCAAUCGGCGGAAAUGGAGGAAUUCAUUGAUAAACUAAAGGCAAUGAAGUUGUUCAGAGAGGCAGUAAUAAGGGGGCACAUAGAGCAGGAGGAUGAGCACCUAAAGAACGAACAGUCUCGCCAAAAGGUUCACGAGAUCGCGGAACACAUGGACCGAAUUAAGUGGGAGAAAGAGCGGGUGGUAGAACUCACUGGGAAAUACUAUAACAAGCUGACACAAAUGAUAAAAGAAGGUCCGGACAUCCGAGAGCAGAGAGAUAGGAACAAAACUAAGCAGUUUAUGAAAGCUGGAAUGCUGAAACAAGCUAGGGACUUGGAAGAAAUAAUGAAAAAAGAGGCCGCUGCUACCAACCCCUCGGAACAGUGCCAAUGGCUCUCGAAGGAGGCCGAAGAAGCACGGAAGAUAGAACAAAAGCUUAUUACUAUUCAGAAAGAGAAGAUAAGCAUGUUGAAAAACGGGGCUAUUCCUAAAAGAAAAGACUGCGUUAUCAUGUGAACUGAACCUUGGCAAAU